AUGAGUAGUUAAUUGUUAAUGCGGAUAGUUUUUUUAAAAAUUAUUUCUGAAAAAUAAAUUAUUGAGACACUUUAAUUUCCUUCUUUCCAGAAGUGAUCGAAACACCCAACAAGGUGGAGCGUAGCGAAUGGAAUCUGGUUCACAUUUCCAACAAUGAUCAUCAAGGUUUGUGGAGAAAAUUCAAUUGAACUGACAACUUUUUAUAUCCUUGGUUUUUGAUUAGGAAUUAUUCUGAAAAAAAUCAUGAUUUUUAGAGAUUAUUCUGCCAAAAAAACUGAACUUUAGUUUCUAUGAAAAUCUACAUUGACGAUUUUCAUUGCCUGAUCUUCCUAUUACUCAAUUUUGAAUUCUGAUUUUUUGAUAUUUUUUCAUUUCACAAGUCUACAUUCGUACCUCAGAAAGUUAGAGAGCGUUCAAAAAUGAGAGAUCGAGCAUUUUUUUCUCUUGCUCAGCAGUACUCUCUAUCUUUCCAAGUUGUGAGCCCCAAAGAUUCGAAUCCAGGCUUUAUCUCACAACUUUCCUAAUUUUCAGCCGUUGUGCAGCUCAACAACGACGUUCCCUCCAUCCGACACCAUCAUCCUCGUCCAUUGCCUGAAGGCGUCAACAAGCCGGUCUUCAUCGGCGGCAAAAACGAAGACCGCCGUCCCGACGACGGAUUCAUCGGAGUCAUCAGCUCCGUCGCGGUUUCCGGCGACAAUCUCCCCCUGGGAGAAGCCACGCGGCCCGAUUCGGUGACCGAGUACGACGCCUGCGCCUUGAAUUACUGCUUGAACGACGCCAAGUGCAGGGCUUCCAACAACCAGAAGGUGUUUUUUGAUGAUAAAAUGUUGAUAAAAUGCCCUCGGUUGAUCUUUCGAUCAAACUUGGUUCACGAUUCUGGAGAAAGAAAAUUUCUAGCGAUAGGUCUUGCUUUCGAGUUUCGAAGUUUCAAAAAAGGUUUUUUUUUUCAUUUUUUCUGUUUUUUGAUGAUUUCGAAGUCUUACAGCUCGAAAACCAAAAUUAUUUUCGAAUGUUUAUUUUGAGUUGAAUCGGAAUCUCUCGAGGCUUUUUUCUUUCAGUUGACAAUUUUUGAAAAUUUGAAGUAGUUACAAAAAAUAAUUCGAUGUCUGAUUGAAAACUGACUCAAUUUGCGAAAAUUUCCUUUUUUUUGCAGCUAACUCGCUCUAAUGACAAAUUUCCAUAUUUAUCGGUGAAGCAAACCGAACGUUUCUGAGCCUUUCUAGUGACCCCUUUAGCGGCCUCCGCACUCUUAAGUGGUCACUACAAAAGCUCAGAAACGUUCGUUUUGCGUUACCGAGUUCAUCUUUGAUUGAUAUUGACGAAAAAUGCUUCAGGGAUACAUUUGCGAGUGUCGCGACGGAUUCACCGGCGACCAAUGUCAAAACAGGCCUCAUACUUGCCGAGAAGGUUGUGAAUGAUAACAAGAACAUGAAAAAAUGGAAAUACUUUGCAGAGAACUGCAAUGCUGGCAUUUGUUUGGAAAACGAGGAGACUUGGCAGUGCGUUUGCCCCGUUGGAACGACUGGUCUUAGGUGAUUCAUAUAGAUUUGAAGAUGAACAUGUUAUAUCUGUUCAAGAUGCGAAGAGAAAGAAGAGCCUCGAGAAGCUUUGGGCUUUUCGUUCGACACCUCUUUCAUUGCUCUGCCCAAGCCGAAGAAGUUCGAAUCGGUAAGAUCGAGUCAUUUUAGUCGAGUGAUCCUCACAAAAGGCUCCUAA